AUGUCAUACUAUCGACCUUCAUCACUCGCCGCCACCACUCACGCCCAUCCUGAAGCUUCCUCUUCCCGACGCCAAGCUCAACCUGCUCUUCCAACUACUAUCAAUGAGGAAGAGAUCGCCACAGCUACUGCCGCUGCUCCUAUCGGUGCUCAGGGAGACAAGGGCAAGGGGAAAGAGAAGAAGGUGAGGAAGAUGACGAUGGAGGAUGUUGAGAGGUUGGCUGGACAGAUAUGCAACGUCCGACCUCUCGGUGCAUGCCAACGUCCACAAUCUUCUGGAAGCCUCUACUGCACCAAUCACUCAUGUCAGGCUAUCAAUGCCGAUGGGGACAGGUGCGGUAACUGGGUAUCCAACCCUAGAGAAACGAGAUUCUGUGCUAAUGGGUGGCACAUGGAAAACUCCCGUCACACCCAUCUCUCCGACCUCCUCGCCCUCCGAAAAGCCCUCAACCAGCGUCAAUCGACCGAGAGGGAGAAGCAAAACGCUGCUCAACUUUAUUACAUCGAACAGCGGUUUCCAUCAUCCUCAUCCUCAUCGUCCUCCUCGACCUCGUCCUCCGACACCCCUUCCUCGACGUCCUUGUCAUUGUUGAGUACACCCACUACUCCUCCUUCUGCUAGGUCGACGAGGAAUCUGAGUGAGCAAAGAGGCUGGGGAUCACAUGGGGUUGAUGCGUGGUGGAGAGGUAAUUGGGGGUUAAAUUCUGAGCAGAUCUCGGAGACGGGGGGAUGUACAAGGGAUAGCUGA